AUGUCAGAAGAGGAAGCAGACGCCCCUAGUGAUGACUUUGACUACGUCUUCGACGACAAAGGAGAACUGCAAGUUUGUGACACCCGCCACGGCCGACGUCUUCUGCAGGGGGUACGCCGGAUCAACGCUAACCAGGAGGGCGAGUUCGCUGAUCUGCUGAAAAGCAUCGAGAAGAAUCUGGUCACUCUGGUUAUAACCGAAGACGAGAAGGGAAAUAAGCUGCAGUACCCGAAACUGCAGUCUGACUUGGCACCGGCGAUGACCGCUUUAAACGAGUCCAGAACAACGCACACGUUAUGUGACGUCGUCUUGUGCGUCGGCGACACAAAGUUUCACUGUCAUCGGGCGGUCCUGGCUGCAUCUAGUCCUUUCUUCGCCACGCUUCUGCUCGGAGAGUUCAGAGAAAGGAAAGACGAGAAGGUACGAUUGAACGAUGUGCCUUCCCACAUAGUGAGUGAUGUCUUAGACUACUUUUAUACCGGAUCUAUAUACAUCAGAAACAGUAAUGUAGAGUCUAUGCUUCACGCGGCUUCGCUGUUCCAACUCAGCUCCGUCGUGACUGCCUGCUGCAAAUAUCUCUCGCGCCAGCUCGACUCCGACAACUGUUUCGGUAUCUUACACUUUGCAGAGUUCUACUCCUGCAAAACCCUGGUAGAAGAGGCUAGAGCGUUUGCCAUGGACAACUUCCCAGACACUGUUAGAACUGGAGAGUUUGAGCUUCUCUCCUAUGACCAGGUUCUGUUCUUCCUCACCGACGAGAGAUGCCAGUGGUGUAAAGAAAGCGUGUAUGAAGCGGUCAUGAAAUGGACCAAGUCCGACACAACUCGGCUCCAGUUCUUACCGGCAUUGCUGCGAUGCGCUGACCUUCGUCUGAUGACUGAGGACUACUUCAAGUUUAACGUGAAGCAUGAGCCGUUGAUCCAAAAUGACCCAGAAUGUUUCGAAAUGAUCCAAGAAGUCGAGGAAGAUCUGUUCCAGCAGAGAACACAGCGCCUGCCUGCGGAGAUACUAGUACAGGUAGGAGGCAUCAGCGGCAGUGAGGCGGCCGGACACAAGCCUGUCAAGGUCCCGUACAUGGACUGUCUGGGCCCGUGGCGAUGCUCCCAUGCUAUCCUGUCCGACCUUCCCUUCAGCCUGGUCUCCAAGAACUGCUAUUUGAACGUCCUGGCCAUGGAUGACGACAUCUACAUCCUGGCCUCGAUGGAGCGGUGCCAAGCUGAGGACCCGAGAGAGAUGCAGUUCUGGAGAUAUGUCUCUUCUGCCGACCUGUGGUUGCGCCUGCCCGAACCCCUGACGUUUCACCAGGGCCAGUUCGGUUUUGUGGCCGCUGGGGGGCGACUUUACGCCAUAGGGACCAACAUGACUGCCGAGAAAGGCGCGGAGUGCUACGAGUCCUUCUCACCACGGAACAACCGAUGGAGGAAGAUAGCCCGAGUGCCGCACACCGUGCACAAAACCGUCACGUCGUCGUGUAAGGACAAAGUGGUGGUCAUGGGCUACUGGGAAGGACGACACGAAAACUUUUAUGUCCAAACUUACGAUUCCUCCACUGAUAACUGGGAGCACUACGACGUAGACUCUUACCACUGCGGAAAACCGCAGUACCAGAGCGCUGUCCUCGGCUCCAAGAUUUACCUGAUGCCCUUGCUUGGGAGACGUUUUUCCAUGUGCGCCUUUGACGUGGAAAGCCGGGAGUUCGAGAAGCUUCCCAUGCCGCAACAAAGCCACCUGCACGGCGGCAUGGCUGUGGUGAACGGGAAAAUCGUCCUGACCGGCGGCAGCGACUAUUUCAAGGCGUACACCUGCCCCGUGAUCGAGCUGUUGGACCCGGAGCGGAGGGAGUGGCUGGACGUGGGGCGGCAGGUGGAACACCUCAGGCGGGCGCACGCCGCCGUCACCAUCCGGGACUGCGGAUGGAUACACGACAAACUCGUCAAGGCGAUAGAAGAGAACAGGAAGAAAUACGCCGAACUGGACGAUUUCACAGCGGGGUACGAACUAGCUCGAACUGAAGGGGAGGACGGUUUACCUGCAUUGUAG